UGGCGUGUAUGGGUGCAGAUUGGGUUCCUGCAGCGUGACCUUUGCCCUCUGCUUGUGCAGUCUACGAAAACGAAGACCAGCUGCUCUGGGACCCCGGCGUCCUCCCUGAGAGGGAGGUGGAGGAGUUCCUGUACAGGGCGGUGAAGCGGCGUUGGCACGAGAUGGCCGGGCCUCAGCUCCCAGAGGGAGAAGCCGUGAAAGACAGUGAGCAGGCGCUGUACGAGUUGGUGAAAUGCAACUUCAAUGUGGAGGAGGCCCUGCGAAGGCUGCGGUUCAACGUGAAGGUGAUCCGAGAUGGGCUCUGUGCCUGGAGUGAAGAGGAGUGUAGGAACUUUGAGCACGGCUUCCGUGUGCAUGGGAAGAACUUUCACCUGAUCCAGGCCAACAAGGUGCGCACACGGUCAGUGGGCGAGUGUGUCGAGUACUACUACCUGUGGAAGAAGUCGGAACGCUACGACUACUUCGCCCAGCAGACGUGGCUGGGCCGGAGGAAGUACGUCCCGUCCGGAACCACGGACACAGACCAGGACCUGGAUGGCAGCGACCCCGAUGGCCCCGGCCGUCCGCGCCCGGAGCAGGACACCCUGACUGGGACGCGCACAGACUCACUGAGCGUGGAUGGCACGGCCGGUGGUCUCGAUGAGCCUGGAGUGGCCUCUGAUGGACUCCCAUCCUCGGAGCCAGGGCCGUGUUCCUUCCAGCAGCUGGAUGAGCCCCCCGCUGUACCCCUGUCCCGUCGGCCCCCAGCCCUGGCCGACCCAGCCUCAUACCCGCCGGCCGUCACUGCUCCGGAGCCAGACGCCAGCCCAAGGCUGGCCGUGGACUUCGCCUUGCCCAAGGAGCUGCCGCUCAUCUCCGGCCAUGUGGACCUGAGCGGGGAUCCGGAGGAGACUGUGGCCCCUGCACAGGUGGCUUUGUCGGUCACCGAGUUUGGACUCAUCGGCAUUGGGGAUGUGAACCCCUUCCUGGCCGCCCACACCACGUGCCCGGCCCCCGGGCUACACUCGGAGCCCCUGUCACACUGUAACGUGAUGACCUGCUGACUCCUGGCCGCGGGCGGCGUAUGCGGCCCAGACUGGACUUAGUGCUGCCGCUGGGCCCGCCUCUCAGUCUUCCUGACCCCUUCCCCACCCCUGGGCCUUGGGGUAGCACCUCCUUCUGCUUCAGAACACGUCAGGGCUGGGGUGAGGUGGCUGGGCCGUGAGCCCUUGCCCCUGUCCACACAGACUGGACCCAUGGCCACAUCCCACGCUGUCAGCACCCGGCACUGCCACCCGGGUCCAGGCUGCUGCCUGCACGUGGGAUCCAUCGGGCAGCCGGGCACAGAAAAGACCCGGCCCUAGGGACGCAGGGCAGAGCCGGCCACCUGGUCCCUUCCAGCCAGCAGAGGCGAGGGAAGGCGUCACUGCCCCGGCGGGGAGACGGGCAGCACGCCCCGCCCCGCACCAGCAGCCUCCGCCGGGGCGCCCUCACUCCCUGCUUGGCUCCGUCUCUCCGCACCUGGCAGGGUUAGGGCGCCCCAGCCCUGGGGUCGUCGUGGGCAGCUGCUACUCAGUGCCAACCCCGUGGGGCACAGAGCCAUAUACCUCGC